UCCAUCGUCCAAAUGAAUCACGACCCAAUCGGGAAUGGAAACCACCCAACCCAACCCAACCCAGCUCAUCACCAGUGGUUCGAGGCCGGAAGCCCCGACCCUACCACGUACGAUCUCGUCACUCGCCACUCGCACGCGCACGCGCACGCACCACCACUCCGGCCGCGGCCGCGCACACCCACAGCCACCGUCGGCGGGCGGAGCAAUGGUGGCGCCUGGGGGAGGAGGAGGCCCGUCGCGAUGGCCGGCGGCGGAGGAGCUUGAUAUUGUACGGAAGAAGGUGGUGGAGAUUAGUGGAAGGGAUGAGCGAGAGGUUAGGGUGGCUGCUUGCCCCUACAGGAUUUGCCCUUUGGGGGCUCACAUUGAUCAUCAGGGUGGAACAGUCACAGCUAUGACCAUAAAUUAUGGAGUACUUCUUGGUUUUGUGCCCUCUAAUGAUUCUGAGGUUUUACUCCAAUCUGGUCAAUUUAAAGGUGUUAUACGAUUCAGAGUUAAUGACUUGCAAAAACCUAUUGAUAACCCAGAGAAUAUUAGUUGGGAAAGCUAUGCAAGAGGUGCAGUUUAUGCACUGCAAAACAGUGGAUAUGAUAUCAGGAAGGGUGUAAUAGGCUAUAUUUCUGGUGUGGAAGGACUUGACAGUUCAGGGCUUAGUUCUUCUGCAGCGGUUGGCAUUGCCUAUUUGCUGGCUUUAGAAGAUGUAAAUGAUCUGGUCGUAUCACCAGUGGAUAACAUUCAGUUGGACAAGUCCAUUGAAAAUAAAUAUUUGGGUCUUGAAAAUGGUAUUCUAGAUCCAUCAGCCAUUUUACUUUCGCGGUAUGGCCAUCUCACCUUUAUGGACUGCAAGACUGCAUCUCCUUCCUACGUCUACUUCUCGGAGCUGAGUAAAAGCCAGCAGUCUCAGGGACAGCUACCAUUCAAGAUUUUGUUGGCGUUUUCAGGGUUACAACAUAACCUGCCAAAGAAGCGUGGAUAUAAUACGCGAGUUUUUGAGUGCAAAGAAGCUGCCCAUGCUCUUUUAUGUGCUUCAGGCUGCGAAGAUGAAUCAAAUAUACUUCGUAAUGUUGACCCGGUUGUGUAUGAGGCCCAGAAGGGUGUAUUGGAAGAAAAUCUUUCAAGGAGAGCUGAGCACUACUUUUCUGAAACGAAGCGGGUUGCUAAGGGAAGAGAUGCAUGGGCCCGUGGAAACCUACAGGAAUUUGGGCAGCUAAUCUCUGCAUCUGGUCGUAGCUCCAUCCUCAACUACGAAUGUGGGAGCAAAGAGAUGAUCCAGCUCUACGAGAUCCUCCUGAAGGCCCCCGGCGUUCUCGGCGCCCGGUUCAGCGGCGCUGGCUUCAGGGGCUGCUGCCUCGCGAUCGUGGAGAGCGAGCGCGCGGAGGAGGCAGCGGCGUACGCUCGAGCCGAGUACGAGAAGGCCCAGCCCGAGCUGGUCUGCAAGAUCCCCGCGGAUCGUCGCGUGCUGGUCUGCGAACCCGGGGACUCCGCUCGCGUCAUAUUGCCCGACCAGCAUCGCUAUUCCUGAUGCCGUUCGGUUGGCGAUGGAGAGCCAGAGCAGCGGCCUUGCAUGUCGUGGCCCUGGAGGCGGCGGCGGCGUAAUGUCCAACCGGAUCCCUCGUCAAGUUCUGGUUCUUGGAGAGUCGCCUAUUGACGAUGUAUUUGGGCGUGAGACAUUCUUGUACGUGUAUGACCAUUUGGUCCAUUCCUUUGUAUCGAAGCAAUAAGCGUAGUGUUGACCUAUUCGUUCGUAUCGAAGCAAUACACUCACAAGUAAAAAAAGGAAUUGGAAACGUGCUACUA